CUGCCUUUCUGCGUCAUCAAAAGGCGACGCGGAAGUGAUUCCGCUGCGCUGCUGUCGUCCUUCACUUUCCUAAGAGAAACGUUACAAAAGGGAUUUUAUUUUUGUUAGUUUUUCACACAGAAAUCCCUUUAGAGUUUUGUUUUUAUGGCUCGUCGGUGACAAAAACCAAACAAUCGCUGCUUUUUGAUCAUUUCCGGCGAGUUUGUACCAGCCGGAAACCUGUGAAUAGACGUGCCUAAAACUACGGGGACAGGAUGUUAGAGGAAGAAAGCAGAUGGGGGGGACGGCCAGUAAGGGAUGACGGCUCCAAACUCCGCAGAGCGGCGCGUCUGCUGGGACGCCAGGGAUCUCCUGUGGAAGUGCUUGGACGACAACCACGACAGCGCCGAGGCCUGCCAGAAGCAGCAGAGCCACUUCCAGGACAAAUGUCCCGCUCAGUGGGUGAGGUACUUCAGCAAGAGGAGGGACUUCCUGAAGUACAAGGAGAGGAUUCAGACCGAAGGCUUCACCCCCGCUGAAGGUCCUCGGGAGAAGUCCUAACGCGUCCAGAUGAGGAGGAGGAGGACAGAGGGAGUCCCGUCUAAGUGUUUUCAGCUGCUGUUUCCACGGCAACAGUGACGGAUCACGUCAGAGAUCAGUCGAAGGGACUCGAUCAGCCCCAAAAACCCCCAAGAGUUUGGGAAUAAAGCGAUCCAGUCGGAGGGUUGGAUUGUUUUUAUUGUUGAAAUCUUCGUCACUCUGAAUACGAACGUAGCAGAAGUCACAAUUAUAGCCGUACAUCUCAUCAAAGAAAAGACUUUAUGUCACACACUUGUGCGUAUUUACAGAGAAACAUAGCCUCUGGGUCAAAGGUCACCGCCGUACCACCCGGCUGGACGAAGGAGACGGCAGCAGAAGAGAAUAAAUUACAAACAUCCAUGAAUUUCUAUAUUAUAAAAAAAAA